CGGAGUGCAGCAUUCCGAAAUAGCGCUGCAGACAUUGUCAUCAAAACUUCAAACAAACCAAAAACAAACUAUAGGCGACUUUUGCAAACUCUAAAGCUCAGGAAAUCUGUCAAGAUGGUGCGGGAAUUAAAUAUGGAUACGCAGCGUCAAAACUUUUGGAAGGAAUCCAUCGACAAAGAAGCGUAUGUUCGCUUGAACUGGCAUACAAGAUAUUCCAAAGAAUUUGCGCGCGAUGCAGCCACCAUGGCUGCGAAACCUCGAAAAGAAGGGCUUAAAAUCAACGCUUUACAAGGAUUGAAGCAAGAAAUGGAAGAAAAAGAAAAGAAGCAGGAAGAGAGUACCGCUAAAAAACAGCUGGAAGAGAAGGCCAAGACCGAUCCAAAGUCUCUUCUUGUUGAAAUGCGUCCGGUUUCGGGCAAGACGAGGGAAUUGUUGUACGACGGUUUCAGUGCGCUUGGUGGUGGUCGUUAUGCAUAUUUACAGCAGAGAAAACUAAAGCCUCCUGAGGUUAAAUACGAAUUCCCCAUCACAAGUGCUUGGGAGAUCGGUUGGAAACUUGACGACUGCAUGAAAACCAAAAACCCAUCGUGCGGUCGUACACGAGUCAUAAAGGACACUUUUUACCGUCAAAAUGGAAUUCUGUACUCUGACUGAAAAAUAUGUUAAGUUUUUGAUCAAACAUGUUUGCUCGAAAGUUUUUGUUCUGGAAUUAGAUUUCUGACAGAGCUAAUGCUUUGAUCUUUGCCUUGGAUAACGAAGAUAUUUCUGUAAAAUACUCAGUGUGAUGUCAAUAACAAGAUUUUCUUCGGUCGUUAUUACAAAUUUAAAACGCUAGUGCUAAUUUAGUUAUUUGUAACUUAAGCUGUAUUUCAUUGACUUCAUGGCAACCAGGUAAAUUUUCCGUCAAGGUGCGGAAUAUUCUGAAAGAUUUUAAAUUUUUUUCCAAGGCAAGUCUUCUUCGAGCGAUUUAGGUCCUUCGGAACUUUUGUACAACCUAUGAAGGAUUUUUAGCUGUACAACACCAAGAAUGUGUGGAAUUGUUUGUAAUAUUUGCAGUUUCAUAAAUCAAAAGUUUUACACCA